AUGGGCGCAUAUGUCUCCAUCCCCUUCUGUGCGACGCACUACGGUGUAACCCUUGACUGCAGCCCGCCAAACAGCACUGACAGUGCCAUCGGUGGGAUCACCCGUGGGAGCUUCGCUGCGGAUCCAGAUAUUGCUGGUAUUGGGAUCCUCGCUGCGUUCACGGCGGUCACUUCAUUCGCGUUGCUGCUGAGCACUAUUAGCGUUCUGUGGUGGUUUUCCAAGUACAUCUUCGGAUGGAAGAGUCGUCUGCCAGAACAUGAGAAGUCUAGCCAGGAACACAGGUUCAACAUCACCGACCUCCUCGAGACCCUCGUCCUGUCCUGCAGCGACCAGCAGGUCUUCACGGGCGCCGCCUACGCCAUCACCCUGCGCUACCUCAAGGGCUGCAACAUCUCGGCAUACCACUACAACAUCGUCGCCAACAUGCUCCUCCUGACCUGCGCCACCCACCUUGGGGCCGUCACCGUCGCCCGGAACUACUGGCGCUACCCGCUCGUCGCCCUCCUCCGCAUCGUCGUCACCGUGGGCGUCUACCUAGCAACGGGCCUCCUGCUCUCCAACCAGGGCGCCGUCGCAGCCGGAUUCCCCACCGAGGUACCGCCCGCCAACGCGACCGACAGCCUGAUGAUCCUCUCCGCGGCGUGCUUCCAGACCGACGCCUCCCAUCUCGCCACCACCAUCGCGCACUCCCUGUCCGGCACCGACGCCCUGCGGGACGCCCUCGUCGACAGCGACCCGGGCAACAAGAUCCACGGCUGGAAUCACUACCUGGCCAUGCUCUUCUUCUUUGCCCUGACCAUCCUCGUCGAGUUCGGCCGCUUCACCCAGCGCGCCAUACCCACGCUCCCCUCCUUCCGGCCGCCGGCGCGGAUCGUCAGGGUCCUGGACGGCGUGUUUGCCGUCUACCUGCUCGCGGGGAUGGCCAUCUCGUGGUGGACCGUCGUCGACUCGGUCGCGUACAUGUCGAGGCUCCGGGGCUGGGUCCACGGCUCGGGGUGGAUGCAGCUGGACGGUGGCCUGAACCCCGAAGACGACCCCACCACCUUUGGCCAACUCGUGCCCAUGCUGCUGGUCGUCCUGACUGUCUUUACCUUUGUUCAGAUCGUCAGCGGUAAGAUGUUCUCCGCUCCGUUGAUGUUUUCGGAAAUCUGA